GACCGAGUCGGCUCGGACCGAGAUGGUCACGGACUGAGUUGACCGGUACCCUCUAGGCUAGGCUAGUAGUAGCAAGUGCGCAGACGUCAGAAAAUACACUUUGCACCCGGACCGGGAUGCAAUUUUUUUUUUUGGCACAACUUCGCGACCAGGAUCUACUUAUUUCGUUGUCAACUGGAGCUGCCUAUAGUUACUGCAAUAUAUAUUGGGUCGACGUUGCAGAGGACAGAUGGUUGAUAAAUAUUGGGUGCGUUCGAGUAGCUCACGAUAACCCGAAUUGACUCGGGUAAAGAAGACAGACAGCAGGUUAGCCACUACAACCGGGCUAAUCGAACACUCAACUGCGGGCCAUCACGAUCCUCACGUGAUGUCCCUAGCCGCAGCCAUAGCCACUGACAAAAUGCCCGUUUCUGAUUGGGUCUUAGUUUUAGAUUUUACUGCUUUGCAGUCAAUUGCAACUUUAACUCAAAACGUUGGGCUGGAAUUUAGCCUAGCCCUAACAGUUCUGAAUCCUCCAAUUUCAAUACGAUUUUGCAUACCCCCAGGGAGUUAGGGUUAGUUGCAAUGAAUUCAAUAAAUAAUUACCUAGUCCGGCUGCCAUAUUUGUCCAUUUCCAGAAAUGAACAAUGCAUGCGAUGCGACGUAUUUCCACCACUGAUUCUACGAGCAGGGUCUGUAGACUGUACCCGGGUGAGCCCCGAGAAUGACGUCAGAGCUAAUCGAACAGCAACGGAGUAAGCUGAGUCAAUCGAGCUACUCGAACGCACCCAUAAAAUAUCGUAUUAAGAUAUAUAGGGAAAGAUCGGACACUCUUCUUUUUGUACAGCGCCCAAUGAAACACUACAUGUAGUUGGUGGUGGUGGUGUGAUACAAUGGCACGUUCGGCAGCCUAGUGCCCUUUGUGCCACAAGCAAUAACACUGCUGCAUUACAGAUCCGUCAGUAGGCUAUUCAGCAAAAAUAUAUGUUGUUGAUUGGUAUGCCCUAACCAUGGCAAUGAAUCCAACAUGGCCAAUUAUAGUUUGGCCGCGGUCCCUAGUAGUUGGGAAAUCGGUUGUUGGGAAAUCCCAACUAUAGUUAAAACAAAGGUUGCGAGUCCCAAUUAAAUCAACUCAGUCUACAACUCGGUCCCAAGUUAACUCGGUCCAAGGUCAACUCUGUCCCAAGUCAACUCAGUCCCUAGUCAACUUGGUCUGGCCUUCUUGUUUCAGGGUUUGCGUCUCUGUUGAGAUGUCUUGGGGAACGGUGUGGUCAGGCCUGUCACCAAGGGGGAAGGGGGCCUGGUGGCACCCCCCCCCCCCCAAGGCAAAAGCCAUACAUAUGUAUUUUUGUAUGGUAGUGGGCCCCCCUAGUUGGUACUAUGGCCUCCCUUGAUGCUCAGGGCUGGUGACGGGCCUGGGUGUGGUGCUUAUAAUGGAUCUUGAUGGCCUCUCUCAUUUGUCGUGGGUGCCAAUUCUUGACAGGUGCAAUGAUUUUUGCUGCCUCCCAAUUGUUGAGGUGGUCUGUGGCAUGGGCAUGGUUGACGAUGGCUGACUUAUCAUAUUCUCUUUGCAGUCCGUGCGCCCAGUACUCCUUCAGUCUGGUAGGGAGGUUUUUGCCAGUCUCCCCUUAACCGCACUCACAGGGGAUACGUAGACUCUUGGGCAGUUGCUGAGAUCAGGCUUGUCUUUGUGUGUGUGGAGAAUGCCUUGAAGCUUGUUGGGGGCAGAGUAAAAAAAACUUUCAUGUGGGCUUCACAAGAUGCGCUGGAGCUGAUGGGAGGCUAGCCUUUAGUCAAGACCCGCAUGGCUAUACGCGGAUAUGUGGCGCCCCGGAUGAUGGCACAAAAAAAGACCAUCUUGUGGAAAACGCUUAUGUUGUUCUUUACAUUUAUCUACCGAUUUGGUAGAGAAAUUGAUGCAUUACAUGUUGUGAAUGCGUGUGCGUCUUGUUUUUAAGAACACGUUCACUGCGCGAUCGAGGGUAUGCGCGAGCAUGGCAUCACCUCAAAAAAUGGCUUGUUCGUGAUGAUUGGUACAUUUAUAUCCGCAUACAUGUAUGGUUUAUAUUACAUGUACUUGAAAAAAUGAAUAAAUGAUAAGCUCCACGAGAUGGUAAAGGUGCUUGUGGCUUCGCCACUCGUACUGGUCUUUUUUCGUGCCAGAAUCUUGGGUGCCACGCGUCUGGCUAGACACACACGCCUUGACUAAAGGCUAAUGGGAGGCAGGGCCUAAGUUGGGAAGACAUUCUGAGGGUUGUGGGGUUUGACUUUGGGUAAAGGAAACCCUGCACUUGAGAUGAAGAGUCUUGAUUUGCUGGAGUUCUUGUUGGAUGUUGUCUUGGUCUCAUAUCUCAUAUGCCCAACAUACUAUAGGGUGCAGUUUUUAUUGAUGAUUUUAUGCAGGGGUGAUGGAAAGAUCGUUGGUGAAGGUAGCGGUCAGUGUGAGUAGGUUUACAGUAGACACGGUGGUGAAGGGAGCCGUUCGUGUUCCUUGAGGGGUUGCCAUCAAGGAAGGAGAGCUGGCCGGCUUUCUUGUUCCAUGCUGAACUUGAUGGUGGGAUGUUGUCCGUUGACAUAGUGGAGGGACUCGGUGAGGAUGUCCUGUCCGUUGGGUCAGACAAGGAAGGUGUCAUCAACGUAGGAUAGCCAGAGGCUGGGGCGAAUGUCUGCGGUGAGGAGGGAUAUGAAGACUCAAACUCUUCUAUAAAGAUGUUUUCUAGGAUAUAGGGGAUCCCGUGCUGUCACUCUGUUCGAAGAACUUGCCUUGAAAUUAAAAGUAGCUGAAAGAAAAACAUGUGUAAAGCAGGUCAUGGAUUUGGACAGGAGACAGGGUGCUGCGGUCACUGAGUCUCUCUGAGUGCUGCGGUCAUCUAGUCUCUCUUUCACCAGAUGGCAGGCUUCAUCAGUGGGGUCGUUGGUGAACAAGGAAACAAUGUCAAAGCUGACCGUGAAGUCUGUCAGGCGGAUGGUGAGGCUUCUGGUGAUGUCCACAAACAGGCUAGAGGUGGAGUUGUCACAAGGUGUGAGUCCCACCAGAGGGCAGAGGAACCUGGUCAGGAAUUGGGCUGCCUCGUAGGUGGGUGACCCUCUAGACGACACUAUGGGGAGGAGCGGGAUGCCAGGCUUGUAAAUCUUCAGUUGAUUGAAGAAUCUGGGGCAAGAUCAGCAAGACGGACGUAACCUAAAGUAGAGAGGGGCAGAGGGCUCCUGCACGAUGGAGGAUAUUCUUCAUUUGGCAUUCAACAAGUUGUUGAAAUGGUAGUCUUCAGUACCUCUAGCCUGGUGAUGUUCGGCAUCACAGCAGUCACAUUGGCUGUCACCUCAACAGUUGUAGCUGUUGUCGGGUUACUCCUACAUAAAUGGCAAAUGGAGAAGCAGUUGAAGGCCUUCCCUGUCGCUCCAGACAAACAUUGGCUCUUGGGUCAUUUACACAAGAUGACAUCGGAUGAGAAAGCAUACGCAUGGUUCAGAAAGUGUGUGGAUGCAGGUGUUUAUGUCUCCAUCAUUUGGGUGGGGCCUUUCUUGCCAUUUGUCACAGUGUUUCACCCAGACACUGUCAAGACAAUUCUCAAAACUUCAGAGCCCAAGUCAGAGAACACGUAUCGUUUUGUGAGGCCGUGGAUCGGUGAUGGGCUGCUGCUGUCUAGUGGGAAGAAGUGGGCACGGAACAGACGAUUGCUGACUCCUGGCUUUCAUUUUGACAUCCUCAAGCCAUAUGUUGGCAUCUUUCAAGAGUCUGCAAGUAUCCUUGUUAAAAAGUGGCAAGGUGCUUGUGAAAGAGAAGGGAAGCAGUCUAUGGAAAUGUUCAGUCAUGUCAGCCUCCUGAUGCUGGAUAGUCUGCUCAAAUGCAUCUUCAGUGUCCAGAGCAACUGCCAAAUUGUUGAGGAUCACCCGUACAUCAAAGGCAUCUAUGAAAUUGCCAUGUUGGUUGGAGCGCGUUUCCGCUUUCUUCCUUUCCACUCCGAUAUCAUAUACAACUUGAGUCCUAGUGGCCGGCGCUACCAUCGAGCCAUUGAGACUGUUCAUAAUUAUGCACGUGAUAUCAUCAAGCAGCGUAAGCAAGCUCUAGCUGAGGAAGAAGCCAGUGGUAAAACAAGACACAGGAAGUAUGUGGACUUCUUAGAUAUCCUUCUGUGUGCUAAGGACACAGAUGGCAAGGGAUUGACGGACCAAGAGAUUUGCGAUGAAGUGGACACAUUCAUGUUUGAGGGGCACGACACAACAGCAUCGGGCAUAUCCUGGUUCCUAUACAACAUGGCAAGGUUUCCUGAAUUUCAGCAGAAGUGUAGGCAGGAGAUAGAUAACCUUCUGGCAGAUAGGACAGAGGAUACGCUGGAAUGGGAGGAUCUCAACAAUCUACCCUACAUGACCCAGUGUUUGAAGGAGAAUCUGCGCUUUCAUGCUCCUGUCGUCAAUAUCAUGCGAACUUUGACCCAACCUCUGGCCUUCCCUGAUGGUAGAAGUGUACCCAAAGGCACAUCUGUUGCUAUUACCAUCAAUGGCUUGCAUCACAAUAAAGAGGUAUGGGAUGACCCCGAGACUUUUGAUCCUGAUCGGUUUUCCCCUGAGAGGGCCAAGUCUAUUCCUCCAUAUGCAUUCGUGCCAUUCUCAGCAGGUCCAAGGAAUUGUAUCGGCCAGCACUUUGCAAUGAGUGAAAUGAAGGUGAUUGCAAGCAUGAUCCUUCGUAACUUCUACUUGUCUGUCAAUGAGUCUGUACCAAUCCAGCGCAGGAAUGCCCUUGUACUCAGGUCACAACAUGGCAUCAACUUGUAUGUCACACCACGAAAAACAGUCAAGCAUUAGCCCAAGUCUCAAUGAGAGUGGUGGUCCAUUAGGACAGACUUACUGCAGGAUAAGAUUGACCUCUAGCAUCCAAUAAGAUUAGGACAUCUAGUAGCAUGUUUGUACAUCAAUUUGCACAGGGACUGUUCUUCACAUAUGCAUUUACAAUUACAAUGCUCAAGGAACGCUACAUCUUCUAGCAGCCCCGUAGCCAAGGGAACAAAAUGCCCCCCCCCCCCCACCCCCUCCAUCAGGCUGCCUAUGGGCCUGUCCAGUGUGCAUUUAGUGUAAGGUUAUGUGCAGUAUGCAGUCGUAUAUGUAUAGCCCAAUUCUCUUAAAUGUUGACUUGUUUAAACCAUACACAUAAUUGAUGUGUUAAGAUGUCCACAGGUCACAGGCGUGCAGCUUUUCAUCAAAUAAGCUGAUUUCACCUCUACUUUCACUUCACACUUAUGCCAUUAAAAAUUGAAAAAUAAUGUGUACAGUCUUUUAAUUUCCUCUUAUAACUUCCGUUUUUGUUACUUCCCAGUUGCAAUUGUACAAUGGACAUUUAUAAGUUCCGUACAUUGGUCUCGGCACAUGAUGUACUGCACGGACAAUAAAAUUACUCCAUAUUUCUUCAAACAUAGACCCAGAUCAACAUUCUCACUCCAAACUAUUUCAGACAUCUGAAUUCUCAUGUGCACGAAUUGAACAAGUCUGAAAUAACAAUCUGAACGUAUAGUUAUAUGGAGUCCUUGCACUCAUUGCAUGUGGUUGGACGGCAUCAAAUGCUUCAAGAGACAUUUAUUCUGCGGAUACAUAAUGACUUCCAAAAGACAAACCAGUAGGAGUAUUCAUCCUCAUUUCCUUAGCCGUCAAUUUAUAGUGCUUAAUUAACAUUUAACUAUCUAGUAUUCAAGUACAUGUAUCUUCUUUGCAAAGACUCCAUUCAUGUUGAGAAUUUUUUAUAUUCUUAUAGAAAUCUUUUGGAAAUACUAUCAUUGAAAUUUCUUGUAUAUUUUUCUGACAUACAUUGUGUUACUGCAUCAAAUGCAUUUUAUUGCUAUUUUUUGUUCUGUAUGUGCAUUAUACAUAAUUGCUUUUCUCUUUCUCUCUUUUUUACAUUGUCUUUAUGUCACUUAAUAAUUAUAAUAAUUAUGGCUGGAAAAUACUCCUUAAAAUACUUGUCUUUAGUUUAUGCACGGAGGUAACUUUUCUACACAAUAUGUAAUACUCAUUUAAGAAUGGCCUUUGUAUUUUGACUUUGCACAUUUGAAAAUGUUUGAAUCAUUCGUAGAGUACAUUUGAUCCUCACAAGUUGUUAUUGAAUUAAAAACAGAUUGGAGCAAAUUGCAUGGCCAUGACAGUCAGGGCAUUGCGUGGUAUCCAUCAUAUCAGUAAUAUUUCAAACGUAUCAAAGUGCCCGUUUUCAUUUUUUUGGGAGCUACUGUUUGGAGAAUGGGAGUCAUUCUAAAAUGUGUAGAAAAACGAAUGUUUUUAAUCACUGGUGAAUCAUCUUGCAAGGUAGAAUGUAGUCUUGGUGCCUGAUGUUUUUAGCGUGGUAGUUCACGACAGACAGUAUCUUUGUACCACGUACCGUGCAGUUCCCAUUCACGAACCUGACCUCAUCGACGAACUGCACGUAUAGACUGUUGGGGCUGGCGUGUGUGAUAAGGGCGCUCUCUCAAUUGCUGCAGUCACACUGCACUGCUAAGGACAGCUGGAACCAAGACAAGUAGAGCGGUGAUACUUAGGCAAGGAUAGCUGUAAAUGUUUGAGGUCAGGGGUCAGGUCCUUGUUAUCACAGACUCGUGCAUGUGUACAAAGUGUAUGACAUGAUAAGUACUAUAAUUUAUUUUACAGAUUGUAUUUAUGAAUACAAAUACACUGUAUGUUAUUCUAAAUCAAUGAAAAGUGCUAGGAUGCUCUUGAAAAUGUCAUUAAAUUUGUGUGUGCUUGUGAGUGACACUA